GAUGAUCACCUUCUUCCCAAGGUUGUAGCUGACCGCCAGCCUCCGCUUCAUCUUCUUACCUUCUCCUCAACCUCUCUUUUCUUUUCACUUUUCUUCGUAGUCCAGCGGCUCGACGCUGCUGGUGGCGCUUUUCUGCCUGCUGUCCGAUUGCACCUCAUUCGGCACUAAGGUUGCCUCUGGCAGGCCGACCUACUUCCUUUACGUUCUAUCUGAUCAACACCUUUUCCCCUCGGACACCAUCACCAUGGAGCACGCUUCAGCAACCACGAGCACCGCGCUGAACCGCACGCCAGCCCUGAAGCCGCUGGUUCUGGCAAAGACGUCAGCCUCGAGCAUCGCAUCCACAGGAGCGCCGAGGCAGAGUAGAGGUCCGCUGGGGAGUUAUACCCCGCGAACAGUGUCUUGCAGUGCAGACAGGCCUUUGAUCAUCCAGCCAAGCCGACCAUCUCCAUGUGCUCGACAACAAGCUCACCGAAAAUCAUCCGGCAAUGCCAACCGCCGACGUGUAGUAUCACGAAGUCGGUGCGUCACUGAGAAUGUGGUGCCAACAAGGAUCGUUUCCGGUGAGCAUCACGCACGAGCGAAUCUCCGAUCAAGUCAAGCGGAAGUCAGGAGGUUCGAACUUCGCUUCGACGAACACGCUUCAUCGCCCGACGUCGCCACGCCGCCCAUGCCCACACGCCGUCAGCCUCGCACGAAUGCGCAACGUCACAAAGAGGGAAUGCAUUCGGCUCGGCGCAUUCGCUCAGAAGCCUUUGUCUUUCCCGUACCUCCAAGUGGUGGCCUCCAAGGGCUAGGUCUCGGUCUGGGGGCUGCGGACGCCCCAUCGCGCGCAACGCCAGAAGUCGAAGCCGCUUUCCGACGCGCUGCGACUGAUGGAAGGAUUCCAAGAGGUCACGAAUGGGUGGAGGACGCGACUACCUACAUUAACAGACACAGUCCACUUUUGUGCGAAGGUACGGAUGAAGGACUGGUGGCAAAUCGCAAGGAUCGAGGGUCGGACACGGAUGAGCUCACAGGAUCGCAAGGCUGGUCGCCGUACUCCAGUGUCGCUCCAUCGCCCGCGCUUGGAAUGACAGCAAGCACUGCUCCUUUGAUCUUCCACAGGCAGGAGUCGGACAAGCUAAGAGCGCCAAUGGCUCGUCGCACUGUGUCUCAACCUGGCACGGCAAAAGAAGAGAAGAUGGCGUACUCCCCAGAGCCUGACGAGUAUCCCUUUCCCGAAAUGCCAAGUGGCCACGAGCGCCUGUCGAUGGCCUUCUCACCUUUGCAACUCCCCAAGUGGGGCAGUGUGGAGCACCACGCACCCUCAUUGGCAGAGCAGAUGGCCUUCGCGUGUGGGUUGGGUAGCGAUCUAGAAUGGGAUACCCAGACGAGUGCUGCCGACGACCACCAAGAUUCGUUUGCGUACACCUCAGCUUCCGCUUACGUCACCGUCCCUGAGCUGCAAGAAGAGCAGACUGCGGAAAUGUACAGGAGCUGGACGUCGCUCAUCGACGCUGGAGCCGCGCUCGCUGACGAAGCGACUUUCUGGACUGGCGCCGGUGCCGAUCUAACUCGAAGCAACACGACAGCAAGCACUGCGUACGUGCUUGCCGACAGCCCCAUCCUGCAGGGCAAGCUUGCGCUCUCGCAGAAUUCACCUGGAGGGAGCGUCUCUUCGGAGCGGUCAGAUUCUGCAUUCUCGCAGCCUUCCGUUGCGUCUUCCGUGACGUCUAUAUCUUCCGAUCAUUUCCACGCAGGCUCCUUGCUGAAGAGCGUCAGCAUCGAUCAAUUGUUCGAACGAAGUCUGCUGGCUACUCCGCUCAAGGUCACCGACAGUCCUCAAGUUGCCGCCACGCGCGAGGGAUCACCACACCACCUAGCGGAUGAAUUCAGCUAUCUUGCCGACGCCGCGCUUGCAGCUCUCUCACCGGUUCCUUGCCAGGUGUUCAGUCCUGCUUUGUCUGACGACGAGCUGGGCCUCAUUGGCACGCCAGCUCCGAUGCAAAGUCUGCCUUCACCCAUGCCCGCAACUCAACAAAUCGAGCCGACUCGCUUAGCUCUGGCCUCGACUGUGUCAUGCCCAGCUGUUCCAGCAUCAUACCGACCAGACUUUGUGCAAGAAAAUCAGCGUUUGUUGCGCUCCACGAGCGAGAGACCCAGCAGUAUGUUCGAGUCCCAGCCAGCGGCAUCGUCGCGCCCGAUGAGUGUUCUCGAGCGUCCACGGCCAGGCACGCGAGGUUCCAUGCUGUUUGGAGGCGCGUAUCAGGACGUCGAACGGGCGCAGGCUCGUGGCAGCGCUCAAACUCAUAGGAGAGACUCUGGAACUCUGACUUCGGAGCAGCGACGACCAAGCGUUCCUACUCGUCCAUGCCCGCCGGUCCCAAAGCGUAGGAGCUCUUUGGACAUGCGAACUUUGGUCGGUGAACACAACGAUGAGGCCCAAUGCGGAACUCCGAGCUGCACACCAGUCCAGUCUGGACCUCGUGCGAUGAGCCGCAAUGGGUCUCAAGCUUUUUGGGAGGAGACGAAACACGCUCUCGGGGAGAAAGUGGCCAACAAGCCGACGAGUGCUGCCUUGCCCGACCUGGAAGCUAGGAGGCUCUCUGUGAGCAAGCCAAGUAUACCUACCUCGAUGAUGACCUCUGCUCAGUCGGCACCUCAGAUCGUUCGCGUGCCACCAAGCGCGUCACCAGCUACUGGAGCACGGAAAGAGCUGCUCGCACAACUUCAAGCUCAGGCAGCCACCAUGACGCGAUCCAAGUCCGAGCUGCCAAUCUCUUCUGUGCAGCACUCGGUCCGCCGCAAGCCCGCUGGAAUCCUGACCGCAUCAGAGAUGCAGGAUAUUCGCCGAGCGUGCAAGCAGAAGCAAGAAUUUCUGCGUGCUGCUGCUACGGCCGGCGUGAAGGGACCCUCCGACAUCCGUCAUUCCGUGCAUUUUGACGACAGCGCUCGACUACAGCACCAUUACGCGAGCGGACAGCGCUCAACGCCGAGGAUUGUGGUCAGCCCCGCCCAAUCUCUGCCUGUCCCUCCCACUAGCAAAUCGACGUCGCGACCAAAGUCUGCCCAAUCCUCUCGCAGCGUGGCAGGCAAGUCCAGCUCGCUGUCGCUGCCGACCCUUUUCGUAGCUCGUACACCCAGCCAACGUAGACGUGGACACACGGGUGUACCUGCAACUGAACCAGGCUCCCUCGCUUUGGCAAAGCUUGGCAUCAGCUCGGGCGCCCCGACUAGAACCUCGAUGGUCUCCGUCGGUGCCAAUAGACGUGGCGCUUCGAAUCCGGGCAAAUCAGAUGUGCAGACUCCUGAAGGUGUGAUUCUGGUCGUUGAGAAUGUUGUUCAAGAAGAGUCGAGAGUUCUCGUGGUCAUGUAGAUCCUGCUGCGGGUCCUUCUCUUCCUUUUAGUACCCCGUAAUGCUAUGUGUCUUUCCAUCUCUUGGCCGCAAACUGACCACCAACCUUUGACCUGAUCUGUCG